AUGCUGCCGCGGGUGCGCGCUGCCGUGGCGCAGCUCGUAGCCGGGCUGGGGGCGGGGGCGAGCGCGCAGCCCCCCGCAGAGCCCCGCACCGGCGGCGGCGGGGACGGGGACGGCGGCUCCGAGCCCGCGGCUUGUUCGUGCCGCCCGGCUUUCCUGCAGCUGACGGCCGAGGAGCUCCGCAGAGCCGAGGACCGGGCGGGCCGGGCCGUGCAGAGCCCCCGCGACGGCCGGCGCCGCCUGCCCUGGAGCACGGGCUACGCCGAGGUGAUCAAUGCAGGGAAGAGCCAGCACAAUGAGGACCAGGCGUGCUGUGAGGUGGUGUUUGUGGAGAGGAGGCCGAGGCUGAGAGGGCAGCUGCUGCCCAGGGAAGGCAGCAGAGAGGUGGAUGGGGGCAGGAAGGGGUUUUAUUUCCACUACUGGGCUUUGUUUGAUGGCCAUGCUGGCAGUGGUGCUGCUGUCCUGGCAUCCAAGAGGCUCCAUCUGCACAUCCGUGAGCAGCUCCGUGACCUCGUGGACGUCCUGCAGGACCCUUCCCCACCUCCCAUCUGCCUCCCACCCUGCAGCCCAGUGGAGCUGAGCCAGGUGCCCCUCACAGAGGAUGACAAGGAGGUCUCCAACGAUGCUGUGCCACGGUUUCACCUGGAGAAAGCUGUGUCCCACGAGAGCCUGGUGAUCGGCGCCAUCGAGAACGCCUUUAAGCACAUGGAUGAAGAGAUCGAGCAGGAGCGAGUGUCCCAGCACCUGGCUGGGGGUUGCUGUGCCCUGGCUGCCAUCUACCUCAUGGGCAAGUUCUACGUGGCCAACGCUGGUGACAGCAGGGCCAUUAUCAUCCGUAAUGGGGAAAUCAUUCCAAUGUCCAGGGAGUUUACUCCAGAGACAGAGAGGCAGAGGCUGCAGUUUUUAGCGUUCCUGAGGCCUGAGCUGCUGGGAAAGGAAUUCACCCACCUGGAGUUCCCCCGCAGGAUCCAGCCCAAGGAGCUGGGCAAGAAGAUGCUCUACAGAGACCAAAACAUGAAUGGCUGGGCUUAUAAAAAGAUAGAAGAGGAUGACCUGAAGUUUCCACUUAUCUAUGGGGAAGGCAAAAAGGCUCGAGUGAUGGCCACCAUUGGGGUCACCCGGGGCUUGGGAGACCAUGACCUCAAGGUGUUCAGCUCCAACAUCCACAUCAAGCCUUUCCUGUCCUGCUUCCCAGAGGUCAGGGUUUAUGACCUCACACAGUAUGAGCACUGCCCUGAUGAUGUUCUGGUCUUGGGCACUGAUGGGCUCUGGGAUGUCACCAAUGACAAGGAGGUGGCUGGUGUGGUGAUGGAGGUGCUGACGAGCUACGAGCCCAAUGACCCGUGCAGGUACACCAUGGUGGCCCAGGAGCUGGUGGUUCGGUCCAGGGGGAUGCUGAAGGAGCGGGGCUGGCGCCUGGCCAACGACAAGCUGGGCUCUGGUGAUGACAUCUCUGUCUUUGUGAUCCCUCUGGGUGGUGAUGGAGGCAACUACACGUGAUACCUGAUGUCCCCUGGGGCAGUGGGGGAUGGACACAGCAGGACAUUGCCUCAGGGCCACCUCUCCCCCAAGCACUUGUUUCCUGAGCCAAACACCAGUAGAAUAAGAAACCUGGAGCCUCUGUCUGAGCCUCUGCCCAGAGGAUCCCCCUUCACCUGCUGCAUCCCAGACCUGGGUGGAGAUGGAGGAGCCUUGGACAGAGGGCAGGGACUGAGGUCAGGACAUAUUUUUCAUGCUGCCACUUCUUUGGUCACUGUGAAAAGCCUAAAGGCUCUCUGGCUUCUUUGCACCUCAGCCUGGGUGUGCUGGUUCCAGCAGCAGUGUGUGCCUACUGCUGCACUCAUCUCCUCCUCCUCCUCCCCUGGGACACUUGCACCAGUCACCCCAGAGCUGCUGCUGGGGCUGGGAUGGAGCCCUGCCAGCCUGGCCCAAAUCUAGUUGUAGAUGGUGUGGUGGUGGCAUCCCAGCUUUGUGUUUGCUCUCUCUGGCCCCUCACACCUUCAUCCCAGCCACAUCCAUUGUCUUAGCAGCUGGGGAGGAUGGGGCAGUGCUUGCUCACUGUGCCACACCGAGAGCCCUGGUGAAGGAACGAGCACUGGCAAUGCCACAGGUGCUGCCCCCAUCCCUCCUCAUGCCUCACAUCACUGCUGGGAUCCAAUUAGUUGUGAUUAACCAGAGAGCUGAGCUGGAAAAUGUCUAAAUCCUUUUCUUGGGCUGAGGAGUCUGUGUGAAUCCACAGCUGUGCUUGUGAGGAGGCUGAAGCUGGCCACUGCUGCGUGGCAGUUGCACACAGAGCAGCCCUGUUCAGCCAGGCUUAGCAGCUUCAACGUGCUGCAGGGAUCUGCUUAGCUGGGAGGCUGCAAACACACAACAAAAGCAGCUUGGUUGUGACUGGGGGAAGGGAGAAAACUCCCUCCUUUUCCUUCCCAAUCUCCAAGCUGGUGCUGAGCAGAGCUGUGGCAGCACUGGGAUCUCCACACAGGAUCUUCUUUUGCCCCUGAGCUGGAGGAUAUGUUUCCUGGAGCUCUGCAGCGUGUUGCAUCUUCUCAGAACAUGAGGGAUGGUCCCAUCCUGGCAGGAGGGGUGAUGGGGAGCACUGGGUGAUGGUCCCUCCUCUUGGAAAGGCUCUGUGGCAGCAGUUGUUUGUGUCCUGCUGUCAGCCAGCUCUUGUCAAGCCUCAGCUCUGGUGAAUGUUGGUUGUCUCUUGUAAUCAGUGAGAUGUAAA